AUGUCUGUACGCGUUCCGGGACAACUGUACUUGUCUGCUCCUGCCGAUUUUCAAUCGGCCAUCGUUUUCCAUCCAUCCCAAAUUCGGAGUACUCCCUCCUUACCUCCUUCCUUGCGUCAUACGUUUGAACAAGGCAUUUGUGACCUCAAGCGGGUUCAAUGCUUAUUACAGACGUUUCAAUCCUGGCGCCUGUCGUCCUCUGUUGCCAAUCAGGCCAAGUAUACGAGCCUAUGCAAUACUGAUAACACUGUGUUCUCUACGGAUCUGCAGAUGUUAUCCGUUGCCACCGCGAAAUUGAUUACUCAAGUCAUUGAUGAGUUGGCUGAUGUUGUUCUGUGGCGUUUCUCUCUCUCUUCUCCAUCUGAACGAAACGCCCUAGCCAAUGGCGUCCCCAUAUCAGCCAAUCCUCAGUCCAUCACUCAGUCACAACUAACCGGUGUUUCCCAAAGUUCUCCGUUAGUCAACCCAGCAUUCCCGGCGGAACUGUUACACUAUUUGACUCGUCUUUCCGAACUGUCACUGAACUUGGCAGCACUGGCUGCUUGUUGUGUGGACAGCGUGGGACCGGCAAUGAGCGCUUCCUCCGUACCACUAGUGGUCACCAACACGUCAAAUUCCGCGUGA